GCUCAGUUUGAUUGCGUCCGCCAAAGCUGAAGCAUGUGGCUGCUGCAGGGGCUAUUCAUUUGCUGUGUGCUGGCCACCACUUGGGCCUUUGCGGACGAGGCCAUCUUCGAGGACGAGGAUAUUUACAACCAGGCCCUGCCGCCAGUGCCACACACGGGAAUUACGGCUCCGGGCACCAAGUGGUGCGGGCCAGGCAACACGGCAGCCAACUUCGAUGACCUGGGCAGAGAGCGCGAGACGGACAAGUGCUGUCGGGCCCACGACCACUGCGAGGAGAUCAUCGAGUCGCACAGCACGCUGCACGAGCUGCCUGUCAACACGGAUUGGUUUCCCAUCCUCAAGUGUACCUGCGAACAAACUUUUAUCAACUGCCUUCAGGCGGUCAACAGUCUCACCUCGAAUACUUUGGGUCGCAUCUAUUACGGCAGCCGGAGGAAGUGCUUCGCCAAUGGUUACCCCACCACCGGCUGCAAACAGUACCAGGAGGGGACGUUCCGCAAGCGCUGUAUUCGCUAUAGCGUGGACAAGGGCCUCGGCAAAGAUCUGGCAAUUCUAUGACAUGCCAUUUUAUUCAAUCCAUCACACGAAUGCCUGACAUGACCAUGAAACAAGCAGUGUCUCUUGUUUCUGAUAAUGUUAGCUGAUAGGUUGCCGAAUUACACAGUGCACAGAGCAUUACACAUGUACAUACAUUGCUAAGGAAAGAUUAAAAACACAAGCUUUCGGAAUUGAAGCUAAUAGAA